GGGUAGUAGUGCCAGUUAGUUGCCCAUAGCGCUUUGCAUCGACCGCGCGUUAACAAUGGCUGCCAAUGGGUCUGCGGCUACCGAGUCGCGACUCUGCCACGUGAGAAAAGUACCCGACUUCGACGGUUAUGGAUUCAAUCUCCACGCGGAGAAGGGAAAACCCGGACAAUACAUUGGCAAGGUCGACGAUGGAUCACCCGCGGAAACAGCAGGCUUACGCCGUGGUGACCGCAUCCUUGAAGUCAACGGUCACAGUAUAGCUGGCGAGACACAUAAACAAGUAGUGGCGCGGAUUAAGGAGCGCCCAGACGACGCUGAGCUGUUAGUCGUCGCUCCAGCUCCCGGAGAACCAGUUCCCGUUGAUUUGGAUGUGCCCGAACGUUCAGCGAACAACACCUCUGCCGAAUCAACGCCGAGUCAAACGUCUUCCGGCUCAGACAGAACUGACGGCGCAUCUCCGGAACCGCCGCGUCUAAAUCUUCAGAUGACUGCCGCAGAGAUGCGCGCGUUUUUAGCUGCUAAGAAGAAAGUUGAUCCGAAAAAGGUGCCAAUGGAUCUAAAGUCCAAGUUUGAUAUAGUUAAAAAACUGUGAGGUGUUUGUUGUUUCUCGUUAAGCACCCUAUUGUAAUGUUUAGUUCGUAAUGGAAACACUGCUGAUCGGCGCAGUGACAGGUGCAAUGCGGGGUUGCCAAACCGCGGUGUGACGUCACCGCUAGUGCCGCGACAUGUUUGUAGUGAGAACGUAAUAUCGGACUGAAAGAAUGAGAUAACACGGAACUAUCAACUAACAUGUGAAGCCGUCUUUAAUCUAUCUUAGUGCGUAACUCUAAUCUAUAUACACCUGUAAAUUAAUACUUCGAAGUUUUCCCUAGCAACGUACCUGUAUUCAAUUUCGCUGUUAAAUUAUUAAGGUAUUUAUGAUGCAACGCUGAUUAGUUCCAUGUUUUAGUCCAUUGUUUUAGCCCGAUUAAUGUACAAUUUGUAUUAUAAUAAUUAUAUACGCGUACCUAAAUAUUCUAGCAAAUUAUUGUGCCUAUAAAUUUUGCCAUCAACAGUUGUACAUACUAUAUGUAAAGUGCGUCAUUGUAAAGCACUAAUGAUGUAUUUAUAUUAUUCUAUAGAAAAGUUAAGACGGAAUGCAGCAUAUUAAAAAGCGUAACUAAUUUACGUCAAAAUGGCGGACCGUUAUUGUGUUCAGAUAUAAAGUUAAAUAAAUUGCGUAGCAAACUAUAUUUACUGUAGUUCUUUUUAUUAAUUAUUAACAUAAUAUGAUGUAUGUUGGUCAUAUUAUUAUAUUUUAAUUUAAUUUAUAGUAUGACCUGAGAAAUUUUGCACAAAAAGUACGUCUGACUGUGAAAGACUUAAUUUAAACAGUUUGAUUUUAUUGAAUGAUUAUACAGUUAUUUAAAUAGGUAAAUGUGGAUUAAGUGCAAUUAUUGUUGAGUAUAAUAAAUAUGUUGAUAAUAA